AUGUCAGACUGCCACAUCAUGAGUGCGCAGCCCCCCGGCGGCCGCGCCACCGACUCGUCGCUGGAGUGGGAGCCCGUCAAGGACGACGCUCUCGUCUACGUCCGCGUCGAGCUCACUGCCUGGAACGUCGCGCCGCUGCGGUGCGCGGCGGAGUACCUGGAGAUGACGGAGGAGCACGCCGAGGACAACCUGACCGCGCGCGUGGAGGCCUACCUGGAGCAGGCAGUGCUCCGGCACUCCUGCGAGGCCACCAAGGCGCUCAAGUCCCGCGAGGAGCUGCUGCCGCACGCCGAGGAGCUCGGCAUUGUCAGUCGCUGCGUGGAGGCCAUCAGCAUAUUUACAAGCGGUACCACUGCCGUAAGAGUGAAUUUAAAUGAAGAACAAAACAUGGAUCACUUAACAAGUCCCUUUGCCACCACCGCGCGCUCGUCGGCCGCGUCGCGCUCCUGGUUCGACGACCUCGCCGUCCUCGGGCUGGACAUGUACAGAAGGGUAAUGGCUGCCAUGGCGGCGCGCGCCGAUGUGAGGACGGAGGCUAGGGAGAGUUGUCUCGUGUCGUACGCCAGGGGCACCAUCACCGCCCUAUCGAGGUCGAUGCGGCGGCUUGCGUCGGCGCCGGCGUCGUCAGAGGUGGAGCAGAGGGACCUCCUGGAGGCGGUGGUCACCAGCGUCCCCACCGACAAGUGCUCGGGGCGCGUCGUCACCGCCAAGUUCCUGUUCGCGCAGCUGUGGACGGCGCACAUCCUGCUCGCGUUGGACGCGGCGCUCGGGCAGAAGGCCGCGACGCAGCUGGAGCACGCCACGCUGGAGGACGUGCUCAUCCCGAGCUACUCCGGCGGCAUGAAGACGCUCUACGACGUGGACUGCGUCGAGCGUGUGGUCAGAUAUUUCUAG